AUGCCGUCGCGUCCCGUCGGGCUUCUGACAGUCUCUCCUGUCUAUCCCGGCAUCCAGAUCCAUCCCCCCGCGAUGGUGUUCAAGCCAUUCAAACCUCCUUUGAUUAGGAAGCCUUCCCAGCAUACCGCCUCUGAAUCGACUCCGUCCAAGGACCUCCCCGAGAGCAACGGUCCGCCAGCGAAAAGACAACGCGUCCACCAGGAGCCUUCAACAGAGAAUAGAAGGCCUUUGCUGCAAGUGAAGAAUACAACUACAGUAUCAGGCGAGUCCUCGAGUGACGAUUCGAAAGGAGAAAGAUACUUCAAUGUCUUAUGGCGGAAACCGACCACGAAAAAGAACAAAACCUGGGACGGUGAUGGCAUUCUGUCCACGCGAGAUGGAUAUGCAUACUUACAGGAUGUCUCGGGAAAGGAAAUGGGACGGGUGAUGCACGAUUCUCGCUUAGAGCCGGGAGUAAUGCUCUCAGUCUCUGGCAAAGAAGUCGAGAUCGACUCGGAGAUCGCCAGACAGGAAUACUUGUCCGGUAAAAAGCUUUUGGGAAAUAAACAGACUCCCGUUGCUAUAUCGCCCCCGCGCAAGACCUCUGUUACUGUUUUAGGAAAACGCGAGAAUGCUUCCAAACCCUCCGUGCCCGGAAAACAACCCCCGAACGAGAAGAGUCGUGUCCCAACUAUCCCCAACCCUGCUUCAUCAAGGCCGAAGUCGAAGAUGGGUGCGUACAAACCCCCACUUCUGGACACUACCGCUGUACCUCAAACGCCAAAAGAACAACCUACACCCCGGCACGAUCCCACACAACCAAAAGCAUUGGUGAUGCCGCGACCAACAUCCGCGCCCUCAGGAAAGCAGAUCGUGGACGUGGUCGUUGACCCUAUACUCGCUAAACAUCUACGACCGCAUCAACGCGAAGGUGUCAAGUUCCUAUACGAGUGUGUCAUGGGUAUGCGAUCAUUCAAUGGCGAAGGUGCUAUACUGGCGGACGACAUGGGUCUGGGCAAAACCUUGCAAACAAUAACGCUUCUGUGGACUCUCCUGAAACAGAAUCCAAUUUACCAAAGCCAGCCGGUAAUCAAAAAAGCUCUUAUUGUAUGCCCCGUCACGCUUAUCAACAAUUGGCGAAGGGAAUUUCGCAAAUGGCUCGGAAAUGAAAGAAUAGGUGUUUUCGUUUAUGAUGACAAGAAGAAACGAAUAACCGACUUCACCAGGGGCAAAGCUUACAGCAUCAUGAUCGUGGGAUAUGAAAAAUUGCGAACCGUUCAGGAGGGUCUAGCAAGUGGCGCCGGAGUCGACAUCGUUAUCGCAGACGAGGGUCACAGACUGAAGACGCUGCAGAACAAAAGCGGCCAGGCAAUCCAAUCACUGAAUGCGGCGAAGAGAGUCAUUCUAUCUGGAACCCCAAUCCAGAACGACCUGAAGGAAUUCUUUGCUGCCGUUGACCUCGUUAACCCCGGGGUUCUUGGAACCUUCAAGACCUUCAUCCGAGAAUUUGAAGUCCCGAUUGUGAAAAGCAGACAGCCUGAAGCGACGGAAAAGGAUAUAGAAAAAGGAGAGGCCAGAAGUGAUGAACUACGGGAGUUAACCUCCAAGUUCAUGCUACGCCGGACAGCAGACAUCCUGGCUAAAUACCUUCCUCCAAAAUCGGAGUACGUGCUUUUCUGCAACCCAACGCCUACUCAGGCCAACAUCUACCAAAACGUGCUUGCAUCCCCGGUCUUUCAAAGCGCCAUAGGCAACUCUGAGAACGCUUUACAACUUAUUACAAUUCUCAAGAAGUUAUGCAAUAGUCCUUCGCUACUUUCUCCUAGAAAUCAAGAUGAGAAGCCUAGCGAGACAAUUGCGUCUUUGUUGUCCUCUCUUCCACCUAACCUGCUACGCCACUUUUCGCCCUCUUCGAGUGCUAAGAUCAGGGUCUUAGAUCAACUACUAUACAAUCUACACACAAAAACAUCAGAGAAGAUAGUUCUUGUUUCAAAUUACACCUCAACACUGAACUUACUAGCUACCCUUCUAACAUCUCUCUCCCUUCCAUUCCUCCGGCUUGACGGUUCCACACCAGCACAAAAGCGUCAGUCCUUAGUGGAAGACUUCAAUCGCCUACCCUCAGAUCUUUGUUUUGCUUUCCUAUUGUCCGCGAAGGCAGGAGGGACAGGCCUGAACCUGAUAGGUGCCAGUCGCUUGGUUCUAUUCGACGUUGAUUGGAACCCAGCCACCGACCUUCAAGCGAUGGCCCGAAUUCACCGCGAUGGUCAGAAACGACCUUGCCGUAUCUACCGAAUUCUGCUGAAAGGCAGUUUGGAAGAGAAAAUCUGGCAACGCCAAGUGACAAAACUGGGAUUGGCUGAUAGCGUCAUGGAGAAUAAAGACAGUGUGGCUCAGUUCUCGCGCCAUGAGCUCAAGGAUCUUUUCCGUCUCGACCAAGAAAGCAAGUGCCAAACCCACGAACUGCUGAGUUGCGACUGCGGAGGGCGAGGACAGCUAGUCUCUUCAGAGAAUAGCAUCACCAAAGACGAAAUCUCCGAUUCCGGUGACUCAGAAGACGGGAGCGAGAACGACGACGAGGACGAGGAAUUUCCCGACUUACCCACCCUCAUCAAGGCUUCCGAACUAGACAUCGAGAAGCAAGAGCGGGACAUCAAAACCCAUCGCUACCACAGUCGAAAUCGCUCUCGACGAUCUUCGCACAAGACGGACGACGAACCAUCCGAUAGCAAGCCCGGCGCAGGAGGUAACAAACAAAGACUCAACAUGCAGCAAUCGCUAUCUCACUAUGCGCACAUCGAUCCAGACCUGCUCUCCAAACCCACUGGUGAAACAGACAGCGCUCAGCAGGUCCUGAAUGAUGAGGUCCUCCUUUCCGUUCUGCAAGAUGAGGAUAAUCGAGUCGGGUUCAUCUUCAAGAAGUCCAGCGUUCCCCAGCCUAAGAGUGAUGAUGCCCCGACGCCGAUAGUGGUCGACUGA